UCGGCAUCCUCAGCCUCUAUAAAAUGCCAAGGCCAGGCCUCCCAAUUUACGCGCUAUUUCUUGGUGUUGAGACGGAGGAGCGAAGUAACGGGAGCGAUUCAUCUUUGCUCAUCCGUCGCUACUCAUCUUAGCAGAGACGGACGAAGCAACAUAAGCGAUUCGGUUUUGUCGAUCCGACCGACGGGCGUUAAUCGUUUUGCAAGCUUCAACUCAACUGAUCGAACUUUCCACUUUUCCUCUGGAACUGCGAUCUCGUUGUUCUUUAACUGCCGGACACCCUCUAACGCGCUUUGUCUUUUUGGUGAGACAAAAGGAAGCAACAGGAACAGUUCAUCUUUCCUCAUCCGUCGCUAUUCGUCUUGCCAGAUUGACGAACCUUUCUUUUGCCAUCUAAACUCCGAGAUUUUGGUCGGAAUUUUGUUUCCCAUCCUUUUGGAUUGUCUUACAAUGUGUUCUCCAGCAGUUGCCUCUCUGGGAGAUUUAAAAUCAAAUUGUACUGAUGAGGAGCUCUUUCUAUCUUUCGAGAAAAUGAUCUCUGGAUCCCAGUUCCCAAACAAUGUGAUAACAGAAGUAAAUCCUUUCCUGUACAGGCCCUCAAAUCUACCUGAUGGAAUUUGGUUUUUCAUCUGCUCUGAGGAGAUAAAAGAUAACGAAGUUGGGUUCUGGAAGACCAAAGGGAAUGCUUGUGAAAUUUUCUCAAACUCUGUCAUUACUGGUUUGAGAACUACUCUCGAAUUUUAUGAAGGCCAAGCUCCUCAUGGGUGUAAAACUGAUUGGGUGAUGUUUCAGUACAGAAUAUUGCAGAGAGAACCAGGUGAAGGCAGCAAGGCAAAGGAAGCAAACUUCUUAUGCAGAGUCUUCCUUGGUGGUGAGCAAAGCCAAAACCAUGAAAUGGAACAGAAACUGGCUAGCAGUGGUAUUCAAAAUGAAAAUUAUGUUCACCCUGCUAAAUCAGUUGCUGCUGAAAGUAGUAUUCGACAAAGUUCCACAAGCAAGCCUCAGGUAAUCGAGGAUGACAGCACGAGCAGCUUGGCUUUGGCAGAGAGAUUUCCAGAGCCUUGGCUAGAAAAUCUGCCUGAAGUAGAUUACCUUUCUGGAGGUGAUUACAUGGAGUUAUUGGAUCUUGAUAAUCCAGCAUCGCCUUCUUCAAGUUCAGAAAAUUCCAGUUGCGUGACCAUGUCAUCAGAUGGAUGUUUUGAUUCAUUGGCUUUGUUGCAAGACAUAGAGUGUGGAGAUAGCCAGAACAACUUAGAUUUGAAAUUCGCUGUCUCUUCAUCACUCAGACCAGAAGAGGGCGUCAUGUUUCCACCCACUUCAGGAUCUCUUGUUACUGGUGGAAGAAACAUGUUGGCACCUGAAGAAAUCCUCAAUACUGAUUGUUUUAUUCCAAAAUCAGCUGCAUGCGGUCAAGUCAUAGAUAACAGUUUCAAUCGUGCCAGAAAAAAUCAGAAGACAAAUUUUGGGAAUGAAGGUCCAUCAUCAAAUUCUCGCAAUGUGACUGCAUCACUCAAUAGCCAUCUAGAAGCUCCAGAUGGGGAAAACAGGGCUGCUGUUGACAGAAAGAAAAAUUUUAUGAAGUAUCUGUGCUUUAUGGCAUUCUAGAUCUUCCUAGAGGUAAUACAGAUAGCAUUCGUGUAUAACCCAUUUCAGUAGGAAGUAAAUGGAUCGAGAUUCCCUCAAGUUCUGGCCUCAAGUCAGAGAGAGAACUUGAGGGAAUCUUUUUCCGAAGUGAAUUUAUGCAUUUUUUAGCAGUAUGGUCCAACAUCAGCAAGUUCAUUGGCCAGGAAGUCUAUUCUAGCAAGGUUGUGGCAACUAUGUAUACCAGGUUAGCUAAUAAGAGCAAAGGUACUCAGAUUAGGUGUCAUUUUAUAUUGAGGCAGGAAUUGGACACUAAUUUUAAGGAAAACCAAAGGUAGGAAACUGAUUUUCUUAUCUUAUAUUCUAGGAGAAGAAUGGGAGCUCUUUCUGCCGUUUCUUGUUGUAAGCCACUUGUAUUUCUUACGAACUUGUGUUUUUUAUUUGCUCUUCUUUUGGGUGAGUGCUUUUGUUGUACUUGAUUAUUGCUCUAUAAAGCAGUAGAUAAAAAUU